AACAAGAAACAUAUAUUCUUCGUAUUCUCUCUUCUCAUCAGCUUCCUAAUCAUCUCCGUUAUCGUCGUCGAUCUUGCCGGCAUCGAGCCUCAUCUCUGUUUCGGAUUCUUAUCGUCAUGGAGAAACAUAUCGAAGGAAGGAAGAAACGACGACGUAUGUGACUAUUCAAACGGAAGAUGGGUUCGUAGACAACGCCGUGACAAGCAAUUCAUUGAUUCAAACAGUGCUUCUGAAAAAUUCAACGCAAGUGAUUUCCUGGAGAGGAGCCGGAACGGGAGGAUUGUGUUCGUCGGAGAUUCCAUCGGAAGAAAUCAAUGGGAAUCUCUUUUGUGUAUGCUUUCACAAGCUGUGUCUAAUAAAUCUGAGAUAUAUGAAGUAAACGGAAACCCUAUAAGCAAGCAUAAGGGAUUCCUUUCGAUGAGAUUUCCGGCACAAAACCUAACCGUCGAAUAUCAUAGAACCCCGUUUCUGGUCGUGGUUGCUCGGCCACCUGAGAACGCACCGGAAGAUGUUAAAAUGACGAUUAGAGUCGACGAGUUUAACUGGCAGUCGAAAAGAUGGGCCGGGUCUGAUGUUCUAGUCUUCAAUACAGGACAUUGGUGGAACGAAGACAAGACCUUUGGCUCGGGUUGCUAUUUUCAGGAGGGAGGGAAACUGAACAAGACGAUGGGAGUAAUGGAGGGAUUUGGAAAGUCUUUAAAGACAUGGAAGUCAUGGGUUUUAGAGAGACUAGAUUCUGAGAGUAGCCAUGUCUUCUUCAGAAGCUUUUCUCCUGUGCAUUACAGGAAUGGGACAUGGAACUUGGGUGGUUUGUGUGAUGCAGAUACAGAGCCAGAGAUUGAUAUGAAGAAGAUGGAACCUGACCCUAUCCAUAACAAUUAUAUAUCUGAAGUAAUACAAGAAAUGAGAUAUGAACAUAGUAAGGUUGAGUUUCUGAACAUUACAUAUCUGACCGAGUUCAGGAAAGAUGCUCAUCCUUCGCGGUAUCGAGAACCGGGAACUCCUACCGAUGCUCCUCAGGAUUGCAGUCACUGGUGCUUACCCGGUGUACCUGACACAUGGAACGAGAUUCUCUACGCGCAGCUAUUGGCGAUGAAUUACCGAACAAAUUGA